AUGGCUUCUCGACCGCUUGUGUUGAGGCUCGUCUUCCCAUCGGAGCCGGAGGCUCAGUCGGCCUCGCAAGCUUCCGACGCAGUCGACUCGCAAAGCUCUCGGCAAGAUGGCCCUGAAUCCUCCCAACACGAUGGUUCUAAUAUUCUCCAACCAAGUGGUUCACUACCCUCUGAGCACAACAGCUCACAGCCUUUUGGUCAAGACCACACGGAAUCCAAGUUAUCCAAUGCUGAGGAGUCUACCGCUCAAAGCUCCGUGACUUCUGACGAGCCUCCUGAAGCCGCACAGCAGUCAACAGAGGAAUCCGCAUCGUCCUAUGUCGCACACCGGACAUCAGACGAGACACCGGACAAUACCUAUACGCACAAUGAAAAUGAAAAGGAGGACUGGGCUGACGGCGGCGACGACGAAGAGGAGCAGGAGGACGAUGACGAUGAUGAGAACGAUAAUGACGAUGAUGGCGACGACGACGACGACGACAGUUCCGGUCUCUUUCAGCCGACGCGGACCGUGUGGCUGAGCGAGACCGAGAAGAUGCGGGUUGCCUUGAAGAGGCUCCUCAGAACGGCGGAGAAGAGGGGGUUCGGCAGGUCGCCCUUCUUGCCCACCACCGCCGCCGAGUACGUCGGCCUCCGGGCUGACAUGGUCGACGCCAAGGCUGCCCGGCUCCGCGCCAAGAUCGAGGAGAGGGAGAGGGAGCUGCACGCGCAGGAGCACGCGCAGUGGAAAACGGUACUCGUCGUCGGUGCCGGAGGGCAGAUCGAGACGAAGCUGGUUCCCGUGUACUACAGCGCCCCUGAGCAGGGCAGGCCCGACUCACCGGGCGCUCUGGCCCAGCCCUGCUGGCACCCGGUCCCGUACUUCCCGCACCCGGCGCCGGUCUACGUAUUUCCUGCGACACCAUGGCCAUAUUCUCCUUCUUUAUCCAUGCCUUCAUUCCCCACCAGUACUCUCAACCCAGCCGCAGCAGCUUGGAGUCAGCCGUCCUGCUUCGCUGCCCAAGGUGCCGACGCUCCCGAUCAAGUGCCUCGGGGAUUUACCCUCGGCCCUUCUUUGCUCCCCGCGCAACCUCGCCGCAUCAGUUCGAUCCCGCUGCUACGCAGACUGGCCUCGCACGCCACCCUCCGCAGAGGUAUAGUCCAGGAGCAAGCCGAGGGCACUGACACCGAUCGCAACUUCCAAUGGUUCUGUGAUGAUGACGAGAGUUCAGAUGCCGGCUCCUUCACCCCGUCUGAUUACCAGCCGGGAAACCAAAGCGCCAACCGCGAAUGCAGAGGCGAGGACACAUCCGACGAUUUGCAGAGCGACGACUACCUCGCCGACAACGAACACAACGCGUUCCCUACCGAUAACGAGGACAGGCCUGCCUGGUCCGAUAGCUCGUUCACCCCGACCCUGUACCGGACCAAGCCCAACAAGAAGGGCAAAGACGACGGUGGCAGCAGCAACAACAGCAGCAGCAGCGACAGGGCAAGCCCCCCCGAGGGCAAUCUCAACAACAAGAACGCUAAUGAUAACCACAACCCCGCGGUUCUGAUCCCUCCCCCGGCUCGCCGCCUCCCCCUGGCAACCCUCCCCCUCUCUUACAGCGACGGCCUCUCCCCGGUUCUCGCCCGGCCUAAUCCCUUCAACCCCUCCGCCGCUCUCAGCCCGGAGUGCGACUGGCCCAGCUACGCCGAAUACACCUCCGAAGGGGACGCCAGAGUCAGGCAGCGCACGCCCAAGGUCAAGGUCACGAUCACCGUCACCUCCCCGGGCAGGACCACCACCACCGCCGAGCUGGCCCAGGGCCCGGUAUGCCCGCGCAGACAGCCACGCGGAGGUGGAGGAGGAGGAGGACACUGCCACCAACCACGCAACAGUCUCCACGACGGCGAAACUUUGCUGGGCCGCUUCCUCCCCGUCCCGCGCCUCCGCGCAGCGAUCGACCCGCGCCUGGGCCUGGCGCCGGACGAGGUCGCGUCCUACGUGGCGCGCGAGGGCAGCGGCGGGCGGAUCCCGUGGGAGGUGCGGGCCAUGGUGCCGGACCGGUGGGAUUUCCAUCGCGAGCGGCGCGUGUCGGACGCCUGGGAUCGCGGGUAUGCUGGCGCGCGUGCGUGGGGCGGUUCGCCGUUCUGGGAUAUGGUCGAGGAGGAGCACGGCGGCGAGCUUGCCGGGUUGAGGAUCGUCCGGGAGCUGCUGGGGGAUGAUACUUAUACAUACCAUGAUGAUGAGGAUGGUGAGGGGCAGGGGCCGGGCCGUGCGUGGUGGGGGGAGGAGGAGGAGGAGGAGGAGGAGCAAGAUAGCUCCGGCGCUGGCAGCUGUGAGGAGCGCGUGGAGGAGGUGGUGGGUGAGUUAUUGGAGGAGGUGCAAGAAGUUUUGAGACAGUAUGGGGGAGCCUACUGA